UGUAAAUACAAGUGACAUAUGUAUGUCAAAAUAAUUUGAUAAACUUUAAUUUUCGAGUGAAGAAAUUUUGAAGAUACUUCUGUGUUUCGUUAUAAUUUUGAAUAAUGUCUGAGCAAGGCUUAUUUCAAAGUGCUAUAAGAUCUUUAAAAAAGCCUCAAGGUGAGAGUCGAUUAAAAAAAAUCCUGUUUGCAAUAAGAAAAGAGAUAGAUUGGCCAAAUAAGAGAGACAACAUCAUAAAAUUACGUGAAGAAGGAUGCUUAAAACAUUUAGUAUUAUGUCUGCAACAAAAAGAUACAAAUUUGGUAGACAUUUCUUUAAGCAUAUUAGGAAAUUGCUGUUUAGACCAAAGCUGUGCGAGAGAUGUGGUCCGAAAAUAUGGUAUAUUGCCAUAUCUCGAUUCAAUAUUAUCAAAUCAUAAACUUGAUAGUAUAUAUGGUAGAGUUUUUCGUAUUGUGGGCAAUAUUUGUCACCACUGGGAGCGAUUAGCAAAUAUCGUGGUUGAAAAACAACCCUCGUUGGUCAGUAAUAUUGUAAAAAUAAUUAUAUCAGAUUCAGCCGAUUCAGAUGAUGAGUCUGAAGUUAAACUUUCUCAGGCUACAAUAAUUAUGGGAAUUAGGGCGUUAAGGGAACUUCUGAAUGGUAGUGUGGCAGAAGAAUUAAUUGUAAAACAUGAAGUAAUUAAAGCUGCAUCUACAAUUUUGAUAAAAUACACCAGUGGAUGGUUGGAAUCAAAAGAAAACGAGGACAUUUUAAAGAAUGUAUUACGAUUUUUGCUUUGCUAUUCCAAAUAUGAGUAUCGCGAAAUACUUUUCGGGCUCCAAAAUACGAUUAGGGGAAGCGCCAUAAGUUACCUAGGAAAAUUAACUACUCUUUCCCCUUAUGAUGUAGUACGAAUUAUAAUGAAUUUAGUACGUUUAUCAACAGUUACCACAGACUUACCGGUUGCGGAAGUAACCAAAAUAUUAAUUGAAAAUUUAAAAAGCGAAAGGAAUGCUGAAAUGAAGAAACGGGAAUAUUUAAAGUGCUUAUGUUUUCUAAUCCAAUGCGCCGCAAAUAGAGAAGAAAUGAAAAAAUUGGGCGUUAUUGCAGCUCUGAUUGACUUCUUAAGAAGUAGUCAAACUCCAUCGGACAUUACCUUAAAAAAUUGCUACUUAAUUAUUUCAAGAUUGAGGAGUUGUAUGUUCGACGAUACAUCGAUGGAGAUGAUGAUUAAACAUGGGAUUAUUAAGGCACUUGAAGAAAAACUUGAGUGGCUGGUGGGUACUUCAGUUAAUCUGGAUGUGACGCACGAAUUCAAAAAACGAAAAUAUUUUUCCAAUGAAGGCCGCAAAAAGAAAAUAAAAUGUACCCAAGUAUUCAAUGUCACACUUUUACCGGACAGAAUAGGAACUGGAUCGUUAUCUUUAUUUAGAGAGGAUUGUGAAACUGGUGGCGUAAGGUGCGCUAGUCCUAGUUCAGGAAGUGAAAUUUCCUUUUCGAGUGGUCCCAGUUUCACGCCACCUUCAAGUCCUGCUGUUUGUAACGAGAAUGAUUUUCUUGGCUUUGAGGAAUCCGAUUCGGACGAAUAUUCUCCCGUUUGUAGCGAAGUUGAAGAUGCAGAUGAAGCUACUUCAUUAUUGGAAGAUCUAGACUGUACAUUCCAAGGAAACGAAGCCCUAUUUAUUUAUGAUAAUGAAAGUAAUUAUCGCGUUGAUCUUGAAAGUGAAGCAGACUCUGCCACCUGUUCAUUUGCAAGUGGAGCGUCAUCACUAAACAUAGCACUUUCCAGUGAAAUUGUUGGGUUACUUAAAAUGUUCGCUAGAAAAAGGCCUGUAGUUACAGAAUUAGUUUCAUACAAAUUAUUAGUUACUCUUUUAAAGUUCUUCUGCCCUUUUAACCGCGUCUUUCAUACCGUUGAAAGUCUUCCAGUAAUUGUAGAAAUACUUAAGCACCAAGAACAUUUAUUGCACCUUAUGCAAAUAGACAUAAUACCAGUCGUUUAUGAUUUAACAAUGAACAUUCAUGGAGACGCUUGUUCAGUUUGUGUUUACUUAAAUGGUGUAGGUCAGACUUUAUUGAAGAAAUUCACUUCACUGGCCGAAUCUAGUUUUGGUCGUGGUGAAAUAGCUCAUUGUUUAAUAAGGGGAAAUCUUCCAUUAAAACAGAAACUUUCAAUGGUCAUCCCAUACAUAAUUAGAAAUAAAACUUUGUUUGGUAAGUUCAUGACGACCUAUGGAGGACUAGAUAUUUUAAUAAAAUUGCUGAGUGAACAGGAUUUUCAACGGAAAAGCAUCAAGAGCCUUUGUGCAGUGGCAACCAGAAAAGGGAUAAAAAAUCCCAAAACCGACGUAUCGUUAGAAACCGUAGAACUUAAAAUAAAUCAUAAUCAGUAUCAAAUCAAGGAUGGUUGUCAGAAAGUGGUGACUUUUGAACUGGACGAUGGUACUUCUUUAAAAGCUGACAGGGAAUUUCUUAUCCAGCAAAGCGACUUUUUUGAGCGGUUAUUGUCAGGAAUGUUUAAGGAAUCACAGGAAGACCGGGUUAAGUUGUGUAAUGUUGAGAGGAAAUCUCUUAAAUGUUUAUUACUUUUAAUGGAAAAGGACUUUAAAUGGCCACAAGUGCCAUUGCUCGAUUUGGACUUGCCGACUAUUUUAGAUGUGAUAGUUUUAACAGAUAGAUAUUUAAUGAUGGAUUUAUGUAAUACGUUGGUGUCACACGUUGAAAAAUUUAAAAUUUCUCCCAAAACUGCCCCCUUAAUCUAUAGGUGGUCGUUGGAAUCAGGAACGAACUUAUUAAGAGUCGAAACUGUGGCUUAUGCUUUGGUUUCGAACGUUUCUGAGGGCGAAAAAUUUGCCAUGUUUCAAAGUUUUUUUGACCAUGGCUACGUUGAACAAUUAACUGACGAUAUACAAAAUUUGUUACAAAGAUAAUUUGACUACAAAUAUGUAAAUAAAGUAAUUAUGUAUUUAUAUCUUCCAUUUUUAUGUUUUCCUCUUGUUGCCUCUAAAGAACAAGAAGUCAUAUACUUUACAGACAAAAAUUUUAUUUGUAACUAUGUAC